GCUUUUUCUUCUUCUACUUCUUCCAGAAUCUCAGCUGCUCUUCUUCCUUCGCAUCUCUUGCCCCAGAUCAAUCCCUUCGUCUCCUUGAACUCUAAAGAUACCCCCCCCUACGUACAAGACGCUUACCACAACCGUCGUUCUGUCUCACGACGUAAGCUUGUGCGCAUUCCUCUAACACGUGAAAACCUUCUGCCACAAUCCUCCGCCGACGACAUCAGUAGUGUGCAACCUACAUCGUCGACACCAUCAUCAGCAGCACCACACACAUACCCACGUACACAUAACCACCACAAUGGCGACCACCGAGACAAUUCUCCAGGGCGUCAAUGUCCUGGGUGCCGUCACGGAUGCCCAGCGCAAGAUCCUGACUCCCGAUGCACUCGCUUUCCUGGCCUUGCUGCAUCGCUCCUUCAACGCCACCCGCAAGUCUUUGCUUGAGCGCCGCAAGCUCCGCCAGGCCGAGCUGGACCGCGGCGUCCUCCCCGACUUCCUCGCCGAGACCAAGCACAUCAGAGAGAACUCCACAUGGAAGGGUGCCCCGCCCGCCCCGGGUCUGGUCGACCGUAGAGUCGAGAUCACUGGCCCGACCGACCGGAAAAUGGUCGUCAAUGCCUUGAACUCGGAUGUCUGGACUUAUAUGGCCGACUUUGAAGAUUCGAGUGCCCCGACAUGGGAGAAUAUGGUCAAUGGCCAGGUCAACCUCUAUGAUGCCAACCGCCGUAAGGUCGACUUCAAGCAGGGUUCCAAGGAAUACAAGCUGCGCACCGACCGGACGCUGCCUACCUUGAUUGUUCGUCCUCGCGGCUGGCAUUUGGAAGAGAAGCAUGUCACCGUCGACGGCGAGCCCAUCUCCGGCUCCCUGUUCGAUUUUGGCCUCUACUUCUACCACAAUGCCCACCAGACCCUCAAGAUUGGCAUUGGCCCAUACUUCUACCUUCCCAAGAUGGAGUCCCAUCUCGAGGCUCGCCUGUGGAACGACGCAUUCAACCUCGCCCAGGACUAUUGCGGCGUGCCCCGCGGCACCAUCCGCGGGACCGUCCUGAUUGAGACCAUUCUCGCCGCCUUUGAGAUGGACGAGAUCAUCUACGAGCUGAGAGACCACAGCUCCGGUCUCAACUGUGGUCGUUGGGACUACAUCUUCAGCACCAUCAAGAAGUUCAGGAACAACUCCAACUUUGUCCUGCCGGAUCGUAGCGCCGUGACCAUGACGGUUCCCUUCAUGGACUCCUACGUCAAGCUCCUCAUCCAGACCUGCCACAAGAGAGGCGUUCACGCCAUGGGCGGCAUGGCUGCCCAGAUUCCCAUCAAGGACGAUAAGGCGGCUAACGACAAGGCCAUGGAAGGCGUCCGCGCCGACAAGUUGCGCGAAGUGCGUGCCGGCCACGAUGGAACCUGGGUCGCUCACCCUGCCCUGGCGGCCAUCGCCUCCGAAAUCUUCAACAAGAACAUGCCGACGCCCAACCAGCUUUUCGUCCGCCGCGAGGACGUCAAGAUUGGCCAAAACGACCUGCUCAACAUGAAUGUUCCCGGUAAAAUCACCGAGGAGGGCAUCAAGAAGAACCUCAACAUCGGCCUCGGCUACAUGGAGGCCUGGAUCCGCGGCGUCGGCUGCGUUCCCAUCAACUACCUCAUGGAGGACGCCGCCACCGCCGAGGUCUCCCGCUCCCAGCUCUGGCAGUGGGUGAAGCACGGCGUAUCCACCGCCGAGGGCAAGAAGGUGGACAAGGCCUACGCUCUCAAGCUCCUCAAGGAGUCAACCGACGAGCUGGCCAGCAAGGCGCCCAAGGGCAACAAGUUCCACCUCGCCGCGCAGUACUUUGCCGGCCAGGUCACUGGGGAGGACUACGCCGAUUUCCUGACCACUCUCCUGUACGACGAGAUCACCGCCGUUGGUAGCGCGCGCCCUGCCGCCAAGUUGUAAGUUGGGAAGGAGCUGUCCGAAAGCUCGCCUCGGACGAGCUAGAAGGUCACGCUUGCAAUGUAGUGCGUAUUGGAACCUCUGAGUCCAACCUCUGGUUGGGUAGAAAGGGGAUUCAUGCCGGUGCGAGCUGGGAAAAUGUUUCACCGACGGAUGGGUCUUGAGGCAAAACAACCAACCGUUGGAUCAGCACUUCUGUUGAAUCAAGAAGGGAGAUUGUCCGUCCAUGACUUGGAAAUCUGUGUUAUGUAUUUGUUCACGAAUGGAAGAAAUAAAUGGAGCUUGAUAUUCUUUUUUUUUUGCUAACCAUUAUCGCACCCCCCACCCCCCCCCAUUGCGCCUCACUCACUCACACACACACAUACACACAAACGCUCUCAGAGGUAUCUACCCGGGCCUAUUCAAAAUGCUAUCCACCUCGAGGUCUCGGAUUCCUCCUGUAUCCUCGCACCAAUCGUGAGGAGGUGGCUGCUUUGUGGCUUUGAACGUCGGCUUGACCUGGUUGCUCUGGUUGGCCGGACUUCCCUGUGGCUCCACGACGCGCCGGAGCUGGUCCCGUGACAGGAGCCGAAGAAAGGGGAUCUCUUGCUGCCACACCCAUCUAGCUUAAUGAUGAACGGGUGAGACGGACCGAUCGUGAAGAGCAAGCUCCAUGACCACCCCGCUCCCCUGCACACGCCCCCCUCGCUUC